UCCACUGCUGGCUAUAUGUGUAAAAAGCAUGUAUGCACCAUUUAGCCCAUGAACUAUACCGAAAGCUUAUGUCUUUAGCUAAGUUUGUAGCUUUUUUGGCUGUGAUCUACUUUACCCUUUGUGUAGUUUUCUGUAUAUAUAUGCGCGUGUAUGCAUGUAUGGCCAAUGCCUACGUUGCUACCAACCAAACACAAGGAAAGGGUCAAGAAUUGCACACAUCAUCUCUUGCUACUGUUCAACACCAGUCAAUGUAGGAGGGGAAUGCUUGCCCAAUUCCCUCUUAUUAUAUUCCCACAUCACUAGCUUGCUUAUAUGCUAUUGUUCCCCUCUCAGCUGAGCAGUCCUUCAUAUCAAUUCUUUAGUACACCAUAUCAUUUGUUGCCCUCUCUUCUUCCUUCCCCUUUCCUACUCUGAGCUACCUGCAGCACGAUUCCGAUCCAGUCAUGAGCCAUGGCAGACAGAGAGAGACAGUGACUAGCUAGCAAGUAGAAGAAGGUAAGAUGAUAACUAGGGAGGAGGAAGAGAUCAUGAGAGAUGUGAAAGAGAAGCAGGUGCUAGUUGAGAUCCUAGAGGAUGAAGAUGAUGGGAAGAAGAGAUCGAUGGACGGAAUCAGGCCGCUGGACCUCAACGAGGGUGUCGAUGUGGAGAGCGAGGAAGGAGAAGUUGGCGAUGAGGAUGAUGAUGGUGAUGAUGGAGGUAGCACCACUGAUGUUGCCGGGAGCGGGAGCUCGAGCAACGAUGUUUCAGGGAGCCAAAAGGGUGCUGGGAGCGGCGAGCAGAGGGUGCCAUCGGUGCGGCAGUAUAACCGGUCGAAGCUGCCUCGGCUCCGGUGGACGCCCGACCUCCACAUGGCCUUCAUCCAUGCUGUCGAGAGGCUUGGUGGACAAGAGAGGGCGACCCCUAAGCUAGUGCUUCAGAUGAUGAAUGUUAGGGGGCUCAGCAUUGCUCAUGUGAAAAGCCAUUUACAGAUGUACAGAAGCAAGAAGCUAGACCACGAUGGUCGCCAGAUCCGGGGAUCCGCCAUCUCCUCAGUAUUUUCUCCUAUGGAUUUCCACUCGAUGAGAGGCGACCGACGGUUCCAUGACAUGUACCUCCAAAGAAGUGCCGGGUUAUCGUCCAGGCCAGAGCAAUACGGCAGCUUCUUCGCCGCGUCGCGCAGCGGCGAGACCAGCAGCCGGCUCUACGGGAUUCUCCAAGGCCGGUCACCUCCGAUGCAAACGUUCGGCUUCAAGAACUGCGGAUUCAGGAACCAAGAGUGGUCGUUCAACCAGCACGACAUGAUCGGAAGGAGGGAUGGGAAGGCGUCGUCGUCGUCUUCGGCCACGCCCCACUUGUUCGCAUCCUCUCCGUUGAGGCGGUGGCCGUUAGCCCCCGGGGCUGGCGCGGCCGGGGAGCACAGGCCAGAGAGAAGCAUCGGCUACUUUGCUGCAGGCAACAACGGCUCUCUGGCGCCUAUCUCGAGGGUCGUGGCUCCGGCGACGUCGGCCGUGCCGGGACAGGGAGAAGGUAACCGUCGUCUUCCGUUUAGAUGGCACGGCGGCGAUGGAAGCAACGACGCUAAGAACAGAUUGUCGGAUCCCGUUGUGAUCGACGAAGCCCUAGAGUCCCGGCUCGAGAGACAGAAGCAUCUAGAACCGAGGGCUCCGACCACUACACCGGCCGACGAGGCGCGUCAUAAGCGGCCGCCGCCGGAGAUGGAGACGAUCGACGGGACGCCAGACUUGAAGCUCAGCUUGUCCCCGACCACGGCAGACACGUAUACAGAUCGGGCCAACAAGAGGAAGAAGAUCACUGCACCGAGUGAGCAAGACAUGGACGACUACUGCAGCAACAAGAUCUCGAUCUCGCUCUCACUCUCGCCACCCGCGGCCCCCAUGUCCAUGCAGAGGCAGGAAAAGACAAUUAGAGGGGGCAGCGAGGAAGCCGCUCUUGGGCAGAGUACUUUGGAUCUGACCAUGUCGAUCAAGGCAUUGGAGUGAGAUCUUUCAAGUACUUUGUCUCUCUCAAGGCCUUCCAAAAUUUGCACACUGCACCAUGCAUGCCACCACGAGAUCAAAUAAGAUUGUUAAUUUUAACCUUGUCUCCACCAGUACAUACGGAGAUUAUAUGUCAUGCGCGGUGGUUAAUUAUAUAUUGUGUCUAGGGACUGCCUCGAAUAUGUGUGGUCACAUGAUCCAUCGCUUGUUCUCUUGUGACAGCAUCUUUGGGAAACUAAACCAUCCAGAGAUAAGUAUCCACUGCAGCUCUAAUCAGUGUAUACAGGGCUCUUCUCUUUUUUGCAUC